CCAUGACUCAUCUAUGCUCAUUCUCAUCUAUACUCAUUCUCACUCUCACUCUCAUAUCUAUUCUCACUCUCACGCUCAUCUCAUUCUAUACUAUUCUCAUACUCAUCCUACUUCACACUCAUACUCACUCACUCUCACAGCACCACUCUGACCAGUGGCCCCUGCGCAUGUGUUGAUGUGACUCAUGAGGCGGCCCAUCGCCGGCCAUCGGACCAUUUGUUUGCCGCCGGCCUUUGCUGACGUCGACACUUGGCAAUAGAAUGCCCACUGCCCAGCUCAGCAUCAUUACCCAAAUUCAAAGGCCAAGCGGCUCUGUGCUGUUCUCAUAGUCAAACUAGCCACACUGAUAAACUCCCUCCUUCCAAGCCUACCAGCAUCUACUGUAGCUAUUUCGACAGAUGCAUGUGCUUGCGCGGGUGCGGCGCGGCUCGAAGAUCUUCCGACCAGAGGCCGCUGACAAUUCCUGGGCGCCAAGUUGC